AUGGAGAGCUUGCUGGAGAACCCGGUGCGCGCCGUGCUCUACCUCAAGGAGCUCACGGCCAUCGUGCAGAACCAGCAGAGCCUCAUCCACACGCAGCGCCAGCGCAUCGACGAGCUGGAGCGGCGGCUGGACGAGCUGAGCGCCGAGAACCGCAGCCUGUGGGAGCACCAGCAGCCGCCGCAAGCCCUGCCUCCGCCCGGGCUCGUCCCCCCGUCGCCGGCGCCGCUGCCGGCCACCCCGGCCAGCGCCGCCUCCGGGGCCCAGCGGCAGCUCCGGCACCACGGACAGCUCCCGCCCGCCGCGCCCGAGAAGCCCCCGCCCCAGCACCACGGACAGCUCCUGGCGCAGCCCCAGCCGGGCCCCAGCGGCGGGGCUCCCGCUUCCCAGCCGCCCCCCCAGCACCCGGCGGGGCCCGGGGCCGUCGCCGCCGACAAGGAGAAGGAGCGUCCCCCGAGCUGCUGCGCCGCUGCCGGAACCCUCCUGCAGCACAAAUCCCCCGCCGCCCUCGGCAAGGGCGUCCUGAGCAGGAGACCCGAGAGCGAGACCGUGCUGCACCAGUUCUGCUGCCCAGCCGCCGACGCCGCCGAGCGGAAGCCCGCCUGCUCCGACCUGGCCUCCCACAGUGACGGCUCCUGCGCCCAGGCCGGUGCGGGCACGGAGGACUCCGUGGCGGCGGCGGCGGCCGGCAGACCCAGUGCCCACGCCCCGAAGGCUCAAGCCCAGGAGCUGCAGGAGGAGGAGGAGCGGCCGGGGGCGGGGGGCGCCUCCCCGCGGGCCGGCCUCCACUGCGCGGCCUCCCCCAGCAGGCAGCAGCCUGCCCUGGCCACGGCGCUCUGCUCCCGAGCCCCUGCCGCCUCCGAUUACGAACUCUCCCUUGACCUAAAGAAUAAACAGAUUGAAAUGCUAGAACACAAGUACGGGGGCCACCUGGUGUCCCGGCGCGCCGCUUGCACCAUCCAGACCGCCUUCCGCCAGUACCAGCUCAGCAAGAACUUCGAGAAGAUCCGCAACUCGCUCCUGGAGAGCCGCCUGCCGCGGCGCAUCUCCCUGCGCAAGGCGCGCGCGCCCGCGGCCGAGAGCCUGGCGGCCGAGAGGGCGCUCCUGGAGGGCUGCGGCCUCUCGGGGCUGCCGCUGGCGCGCUCGCCCUCCCUGCCGCCCGCCAUCGCGGGCACGCUCACCGAACUGGAGGACUCCUUCACCGAGCAGGUGCAGUCCCUGGCCAAGUCCAUCGACGACGCCCUCAGCACCUGGAGCCUCAAGGCCGUGUGCUCCCUGCAGGAGAGCGGCGCUUACCAGGUCCACAGGGCCCUGCGCGCGGGCACGGGGCCGCCGGGCCUGGAGCCCGAGGCGCGGGAGCCCGAGGGCGCCCACGCGGGGGGCUGGGCCGAGCCCGCCGAGCCCGCCGGCCCGCCCCAGGGCCACGGCAGCACCCUCAUGAUGGCCUUCCGGGACGUCACCGUGCAGAUCGCCAGCCGGAACAUCUCCGUCUCCUCCUCCACGGCUCUGUCCGUGGCCAACUGCCUGGGCGCGCCGACAGCGUCGGCCCCCGCGGAGCCAGCGGCGGGCAAGGCCGAGCGCGACGAGGCCGGGGGGCAGGAGGCCCCGGAGGCCCCCAGCGCCGGCCAGGAGGACGUGCCCGCCGAGGACGCGAGCGCAGAGGCGGGAGCCCACGGGGCCCUGCGCGCCAGCCCCCCUGGGGCCACGCUGCCGGCGGCGGAGGAGGAGGACGACGACGAGGACGAGGCCGCGGAGGCGGUGCAAGGGGCGGAGGCCGAGGCCGGCGACCCCUCGGAGCAGCUGAGCGGCAGCUGCACGUCCACCAAAUCGGCCGCGUCGGCCUCGGCCUCCAGGGAGGCCCUGCAGGCCAUGGUCCUGGGCCUGCCGCGCUACCACUGCGAGAACCCGGCCAGCUGCAGGUCUCCCACGCUCUCCACCGACACCCUGCGCAAGCGGCUCUACCGCAUCGGCCUCAACCUCUUCAACAUAAACCCGGACAAGGGCAUCCAGUUCCUGAUCUCUCGAGGCUUCAUCCCCGACACCCCCAUCGGAGUGGCCCAUUUCCUGCUUCAGCGUAAGGGCCUGAGCCGCCAGAUGAUCGGAGAGUUCCUGGGCAACAGCAAGAAGCAGUUCAACCGCGAUGUGCUCGACUGCGUGGUGGACGAGAUGGACUUCUCUGCCAUGGAGCUGGACGAGGCCCUGCGCAAGUUCCAGGCGCACAUCCGCGUGCAGGGCGAGGCCCAGAAGGUGGAGAGGCUCAUAGAGACCUUCAGCCAGCGCUACUGCAUGUGCAACCCUGAGGUGGUGCGACAGUUCCACAACCCGGACACCGUCUUCAUCCUGGCCUUCGCCGUGAUCCUCCUCAACACCGACAUGUACAGCCCCAACAUUAAGCCCGACCGGAAGAUGAUGCUGGAGGACUUCAUCCGAAACCUGCGAGGUGUGGAUGACGGGGCUGACAUCCCCAGGGAGCUGGUGGUCGGCAUCUACGAAAGGAUCCAGCAAAAGGAGCUCAAGUCGAACGAGGACCACGUCACGUACGUCACCAAGGUGGAGAGGUCCAUCGUGGGCAUGAAGACAGUGCUGUCAGAGCCCCAUCGCCGCCUGGUCUGCUGCAGCCGGCUCUUCGAGGUGACGGAUGUGAACAAGCUUCAGAAGCAGGCCGCACACCAGAGGGAGGUGUUCCUCUUCAACGACCUGCUGGUGAUUCUCAAACUCUGCCCCAAGAAGAGGAGCUCCUCCACGUACACCUUCUGCAAGUCCGUGGGCCUCCUGGGCAUGCAGUUCCACCUCUUUGAGAACGAGUAUUACUCUCAUGGCGUCACACUGGUGACCCCGCCCUCGGGCUCCGAGAAGAAGCAGGUUCUGCACUUCUGCGCCCUGGGCUUGGACGAGAUGCGGAAGUUUGUGGAGGACCUGAAGGAGUCCAUCGCGGAGGUGACGGAGCUGGAGCAGAUCCGGAUAGAGUGGGAGCUGGAGAAGCAGCAAGGAACGAAGGCUCUCUCCUUCAAGGCCGGGGGAGCCCAGGUGGACCCACAGUCGAAGCAGGGAUCGCCCACAGCCAAAAGGGAAGCGGCACCGGCGGAGAAGGCGGCGGAGAGCGCGGCGGAGGUGUCAAUUCACAACAGGCUUCAAACGUCCCAGCACUACUCCGGGCUGGGGGCCGAGAGGGGAGCGCCAGCGCCAGACCUGCAGCCUAGCCCCCUGACGGAGCAGCCCCCUCUGCUGCCACCAGCGCCGCCCGCAGCCCCCGGGACCCUGGUGCAGUGCCAGCAGAUCGUCAAGGUCAUCGUCCUGGACCAGCCCUGCUUGGCCCGCAUGGAGCCCCUGCUGAGCCAGGCCCUCUCCUGCUACGCCUCGUCCUCCUCCGACUCCUGCAGCUCCACGCCCCUGGGCGGCCCGGGCUCCCCCGUCAAGGCGGUCCACCAGCCGCCCCUGCCCCCCGCCCCGCCCCCCUACAACCACCCCCACCAGUUCUGCCCGCCCGGCUCCCUGCUGCACCGGCGCUGCUGCUCCAGCGGCGCCAGGAGCCUGGUGUAG